GAAACACAGAUGGGAAUCUUUCCAACUCAAGCACAGGACAGGUCUAACUCGCUAAGCAUGGCUUCAGUGAGGCAUUCACUACUUUGACACAGGAUGGGUUAACAGAGACACAGUUAACAGAGCGUUUGAUGGUCUGCAUUCUGCCAUGCUAUGAAGUGAGGACGUGCUGAGACUGUGACAGGACUUGUACCACUUCCUAAAAUGUGAUGGAUCCUUCACAAAGGCAAUAUGGAACAAUCCAGAGACAAGAUGCAAGCGCCACUGACCUCCCCAUGCCUCUGACUGAGGAUGACUACAUUUAUGAGCCCAUUGAAGUCCCUCCUGGAUACAGUGAAAGCAAUAUUUAUGAGUGCACCUUGUCUGGUCUCAUACCCACAACUGAAUCCCAACCCAAACCCUCAGGUCAUCUCCAGGGUCAUGAGGGAGGAAGUCCUGGAAGUACAGACCCUCAAAGCACAAAUGUGCCUCCCCCAGUCCGCCUCCCUCCUCUUCCACUCAGAACCAGACUUCCCAGUGCGUGUUUGCCAGCUAGACGAGGCAUUGCACCCCCUCCUGUUCCCCCGAGGACACGAGGUCCCCUCGGCAACGGCCAAAAGCAGUUUUCCUGUGACCUCACUGAGCCUGCUCACAAACUGAAUCGUUCCAGGACGGAAAUACAAGAGCAUGACCCAUGGGAUAUCAAACUACAAGACACUCCACAAGGCAGCACCAAGAGGCUGGCUUCUUUUUGUGAUGCAACGUCCAUGCUAAUGUCACGGUACAGGCAUGCAGACAGCGUUCAUAACUCAGGUGUGGUAUGGAGUCGAGUGUUACACAUCCACCCUGCCCUGCUGCAGCAGGUGGAGGUUAAUGUCAGCGUGACCACUGACUGGGGCGAUCACCAGCUCCCCUUCCCCACCACAGUGAACAGGACAGUGAAGAGUCUGAUCGAUGAGAUCUUCCAGCUGCUGGACCUCACUCCCAGCACAAGUGGGCAUCAUUAUUUAAAGCUGUGUGACUCUGAUGAGUAUCUCCACAAUGAGGAGCUUUUGGGCAUGCAUGAGAUUAUUCAGAUCUACUACAAAUUUGAGAGAGUCGUCCCCCUCCGACUGCUCCACACGAACAACCGCAAACACAGUCUGAGCCGGGAUGUGGAGGACGACAUCACUUCAUGCCAGCUGUACCAGUUCCUGCGUCCUGUCUGUGUCUUUAACACCUGCAAGUUGAGCCUGCAGGAUGUGCUCAGCAGCUACAACAGAGCGGUGACAGAGCUAAUGAGAAGUAAGUCUGGGAUGAACGUUAAUGUGCUCGCUGGCCGCGUUCGCACCAUCAGCAAUCUUCUGUGUGGGCUCUCGUGUCAGGAGCUGGAGGACGCUAUUGGCCGGCUCAACAGAAUCAAUCCCAUACCUCUGAGUCAUGAUGAGAUGUCAGAGUGUGAAUCAGCCAUGAUCAUGCUCCACAAGGCGCUGCUCAAAGUGCUGCAGAUCUUUUUUGACAACUUCCAUUCAGACUUCAGAGCUCAGGAUGUAACCAGUAACCCGCAAAUACUCGACGUUGAGGACAACUCUGAAAUCAUCCAGUUCAAUAUUUCUGCUCUCUACCAACUACAACCCACCUGGUUAACUAAUUACGAGUGCUUCUCUGUUUCCUGUGAGCUGACAUACGGAGGAACAAAGAUAUGUGACACAGGCAUUUCUGAGAACAUCAGCACCGCCUUGUCGUACGGAAACAAGAUCCACUGUAACCGCAUGAUGGCAUUCCCAGUUCCAGUAAAUCAGCUGCCAUAUGAGAGCAUGUUGACGUUUCGCCUCAAGGGCUCCAAGCGAGGCAAAAGCCCCGAACUUCUAGGCUGGGCUGUGCUACCUUUUUACAGCGACAGGACUCUGGUGAAAGGGACUGUUCUGCUCAGUAUGUCCACACUGACGGAGCUGCCUGCUCCUCCCUCCCCUGCCCUGUUUGACAGCCACAGACAAGCCGUAGGGGUCAUACUGCAGCUCGAGUUUCAUGACGAGUUUGAGUGGAAGUAUCAGCGGCCCAUCGCCCUCCCUGGUUCUAUUGUAUUUACUCAGCCUUGUGAGGCUGUCCAAAAGAAAAUGUUGGAGGUCUCUAAGAAGCACUGCCUCUGCUUUCUUACAAAAAAUGAGAAGGCUUUCCUCUGGAGUAAGCGCCACUGUAGUGACAAAGCAAGUACAUUCCUCCACCUGGUGCUGGGCGGAGCCUUCAGGUGGCAGCCUGAGGACUUGACAGAAAUCUAUACAGUUGUAGAUAACUGGCUUAUCCAUCUGCCUGAGGAGGCGCUCUUCCUGCUCAGUGACAGUUUUCAUGAUCAGACUGUGCGGACGGCUGCGGUUCAGUACUUUGAACAGAUACCAGACGGAGAGCUGGAGGUGUUUCUGCCACAGUUGGUCCAGGCUCUGAAGAGUGAGUGGGAGUUGGACGGACCUCUGGUGAUGCUGCUGUUGGAGAGAUCACUGAGGAGCAUACGGAUUGCCCAGCAGCUGUACUGGCUGCUGGAGGAUGCCCACACUGACCCCCACUACCAGAGUUGGUUCAGUAAGGUUCAGGCUGCCCUGCGGCACUGCUGCGGCCGGGCACUGAGGCAAGAGCUGGAUCAUGAAACCCGCCUGGUGUCUCUGCUUGUACAGGUGGCUGAGAAGGUUCGCACUGCCGAUAAGGCUCGACGUAAGAAUGUUUUGAACAAAGAAAAGUGGAAGAUUGAUGACUUCUUCAAAGCAGGGAUCAGUUGUUGUCUCCCACUGGAUCCUGCUGUUCGUGUAAAGGCGUUGGACGUGAAUACGUGUAAGUUCUACAACUCGAACGCGGCUCCUCUGGGGAUCUCAUUCAUCUGCUCUGACCCUCUGGCCAAGAACAUCAGCGUCAUCUGCAAGACAGGAGAUAACCUUCGUCAGGACAUGCUGGUACUUCAGAUAGUCCGUGUGAUGGACAGCGUUUGGCUCCAGGAGGGGCUGGACUUGCGGAUGAUCACCUACCGGUGUCUUUCUACGGGCAGAGCUCAGGGCCUGGUGGAAGUGGUUCCAGAGGCAGUGACCCUCGGGAAGAUUCAUCAGGAGUGGGGUCUGGGUGGCACCCUUCGAGAGGACACACUGGAGAAGUGGUUCCACAUGUGGAACAGGACUAAGGAGGACUAUGAGAGGGCUGUGUUGAACUUCAUCCACUCGUGUGCAGGGUGGUGUGUGGCCACCUUCAUCCUGGGGAUCUGUGACCGCCACAAUGACAACAUCAUGCUGAGGCACAGUGGACACAUGUUUCAUGUCGACUUUGGGAAGAUCAUGGGCAACGCACAGAAGUUUGGAAGCUUUAAAAGGGACCGAUCACCAUUCAUCUUCACAUCUGAGAUGCAGCACUUCAUCACUGGCGGGGGGCAGAAGCCUCAGUGGUUGCAUCGCUUUGUGGAGCUCUGCUGUGAAGCGUACAACAUUAUCAGAAAGCGCUCUGCACUGAUACUCAGUUUGUUGGAGCUGAUGCUACGUGCAGGAAUGCCAGAACUAAAGGACUCUAAUGACCUGCAGUAUGUCCAGAACAACCUCAGACCUCAUGACACAGACCUGGAGGCCACCUCCUACUUCACAAAGAAGAUCAAAGAAAGCAUGGGCUGUGUUGCAGUCAAGUUCAACUUCCUGACACACAGCAUGGCUCAAGGGAAGAAACAAGAUCCACGAACCCGGGACGGCAUCCCCGCUCCCAGCACCAACAUCCAAGAAGCUGUCAUCCAGGGAUACAGCGUCAGGUCAAAAGAUGUGAUCUAUGACCUGAGAGUAACCAUUCACGAUGGUUUUCUGAACAUCGAGAAGACAUUUGGGCAGUUUGAGCUGAUCCAUAAACAGCUGCAGAAAUACUUCAUUGAAACGAUGCUGCCUCAGUUUCCUAGCUGGUUUAAGAUGUCGUUCACCCCAGCCAGGAGGAUGACUCAGCUGAAUAAAUACCUCAAACAGCUUUUUGAGGGACCGUGCAAGGGAAAUGAAUAUGUGUGCAGCUUGUUCCUAGAUGGCCCCAGCAUAGUCCAGGAAAAUGUGACGACAGGAACCCGUCCUCAGAUCCAGCUCAACAUUUCUUACUCUGACUGUAAGCUCUCAGUCUUGGUAAAACACUUGAAGAACAUUAAGCAGGCAAAUGGCUCCAACCCUGACGCCUACGUGGUCACACGCCUGAGACCGGACCCUCAGCAGCGCUCCAAGAAGAAGACAAAGGUGGUCCGCAAUAAUGACAAUCCCACCUUCAAUGAGCUGCUGGAGUACAGUUAUGUCCCACUGCUGUAUGGGAUGGUGCUGGAAGUGACGGUGAAAAGCAAGAAGACUUUUGUGGCUGCGACCAACAUUAGACUGGAGAAGGAGCUGCUUGGCAAGGAGAUGUGGUUUCCUCUUGGGAACAGUGCAAUCUGACCUCAGAGCCCUGCACUGUACGCCUGCUGCCAGUAGGGGGUGCAACCACACUGAGGGAAGGACUUAAUCCAAAGAUUUCUCAGACUGUGAGUGAGACAGAUUCACCUGAGCAGAAGAGCUGUGCACUCUCAUUUAUACCUAUUUAUCAGAUGCAACUUAACCUCACUCCUCAGCUACAGACGCUGGCAAAGGAUGGGGUGUGUUACAAGACUGAGCAGGGGACUCAGGGAAGGAGACUGUUUACUGUGUGAAGCAUUAUUUACAGUGUGCGUCUAUUUUUAAAUGUCAGUCAAAUGAAGGACUUUUGAUUUUUGGAUGAAGGAACGAAACUUUUAUUAUCAUACUUGCACUUUCGUUUGUACUUUAACUUCAGAACAGUCCUUGUAGGCGUGUGCGGUCGAGACUGUCGAUGUGACAGAUUAAAGAGGUAGGUGAUGGUGUGCUGUUAGGAGCUGACCGUCUGAUACCUGCUCAGACUGAGUGUGUUUGUCCCUUUGGGCUGUGUCAACUGGAUGUCCUUGACCAGUGGAAUUGGAGGCGGGCGGCAGGAGGGGGAGAGGCGAGGAGAGUGUGUGAGCAGGAUGACAACUCUGCCUCUCCUGCCUGAGGAGCUAAGUUAAUACUCUCCCCCUCGCCCAGUCCUUUUGUUUUAUCCAUCACUGACAUUCAAACACAGUUAUGCACAUGCAUGCGCAAACACUCAAAGGUGGACACCCACAUGCCCGUACAGAUACACCUAAAAAAGCACUUACACACACACUCUGUUUUUACGCUGAGGCAGGUCUUCAUGUUAUCUUAAUGCCAUCCUCCUCUGACAGGCCUGCUGACCUGUACCCUCCUCCGCUUCAUUCAUAGGAUUUAGUGAUGAACGAGGAUAGAAAUAGCCGUCUCCGCACUGGAUUUGGUUCAAUAAUGUAUACCUCUGUGAAUGCUAUUUAUAUUAUUCCCUGCUGGGUCUCUCACAGGGAGGUAAAGCUUGGAAGAAAACGCUGGCUGCUACUCUUUCAUAGUAGUGCUCAUGGACUAUUAAUACAUCCUGGCAUCAGUCGUCAGUCUCAGGCCUAAUAGAACAAUAACAUGUAUUGUUUUGGAAUAGAUUAUUAAUCCAAAAACAACACUGUGUCUUGUGGAUCUUUUUAUGUGUGAUCAACUCUACCACAAUAAUUGCACUUGCAUGAAUUAUUAAUUCUAUGAUAAGAAUCUAAUAUGCUACUCCAGGGAUUUCUCCGCCACUUGAGUGAUGCCAGCAGAGAGUUAUUCUUCGUUAGAGUGUCUUUUCAGCCCUGCUGGUGGAACCUUCUGGUCUUUUUCCUCUGCAGCACACAGUGCAGGCAGUAGAGAAAAGCCACGUCUAUUUUCUGACAAUAAAACUGGUAUUUAUAUCUGAG